UUUUGUUGAUAAAUUCGUCGUGUUUUUAUUACUUGUCUGCUAAAGGUGUUGAAAACGUUAAAAAGUACAUCAAUCUGAUUUGUAAUUUGCUUAGUAAAUCUUUCUGUAUAUGAUUCUCAACAAUCCGCAUGAUGAGCAGUGAAACGGAGCUCUCUAUUUUAAACGUCGUACCGAAUGAUAAUACUUGCUGGCUCUGCCAUUCUGCGAGUCGGCCUCUAUCAGCACUUUUCUCUUCGAACGAUUCAUCUAAACUAUACAGACAACAAAUUUUCGCUUGUUUGGAUAUUGUGGCCGUUUAUGAUAGAGACGCAAAUAGGGCGAUAUGCACUGACUGCUGUGAUAAAUUAGGAUCGUUUAGUUGGUUUAGUCACCAAGGAAAAAGUAAUGAUUUAUUUCUGAGGCAGUUACCGCAGGAAUGUUUCCGUGCUGGUGAGGAGUACUGCCGAUUAUGCCUAAGUACUAACGGACAUCUGCAGGUCGUAUUUCCGUUAGGCGCAGAAGUUGACAGUGAUCUUUGUGCCAUUAUUAAGGAAUGCAUAGGAGUUGAGGUGAAUUACUACCGAGAUUUAGGGGCACAAAUAUGUAAUCUCUGUCGCUCUCAACUGCUAUCUUUUGCUACUUACAAGCAAAUAUGUAAGCAGUUACAUAGUAAAUCGCGCGAUAGUCUUUCUGACAAUGAAAAACAAUGGAAAAAUAACGAAAUACUUGAUGGUUCGGCAUCACAAAAUAAACGCAAGCAAAGUAAUCUAAUAGAGGUGAAUGCUAAGAGACAAAAACUUGAUGCACUGGGAAGCAAACCUUUGGAAAGUAGUCAGAAAACCGAUCGUAAAAUGAUUUUUCGUAUGCUUUGGACUGCUGAUGAUGAGAGAAACUUUGAGGUUAUUAAGGAGAAAAAGGGAAGAGCAAAAGUAUAUGUGGCUGGCUUCACGUUCAACUUUGUUAAUGUGAAAAAUGAUGGUUCUAGUUUAUGGUACUGUGAGAUGAAACAACUGGUCAAAUGCAAAAAUGCUGUGACGAUCAGUGCCGAUGGAAAAAUUGCUAUUUUCGAUCCUAAAUUGAAACACACGCAUGGAUCUGAGAUUCCACGACUUUUGAAAUGCCCCCCUGGCAAAGGUUGUCUACUCAAAGAGGAUGGAAGAGUGGAAUCCUUUUGGUUACUACACGGUGUUGUAAACGGAAGAGACCAUGAGCGGCAUCUUUUCUAUCAUAAUAAUAGAUAUAUUCUAAGAAACUUCAAUCUUGAUAACGACACUUCCAUCUGGUCAUGUCGGGCUAAAGGUUGCCGAAUGACUGUCGAGGUUUCCGGUGUUUUCAAAAAGAUUUAUCAAAUUCAAGGGUUUCAUAGCCAUCCAGAUGUAUCAUCUCGUGAAAUUGAAGAUGCGUUAAAAGCAAACAAAGUUAAAUCAAACUCAGAGGAUGUGAUAACUCCAUUUCGUGAGAAUAAAGCUCAGGACUGGCAGAAUAAAAAUACAAAGAUUAUAACCAAGUUGGCAAUCCCUCAAAUCUACACUAUAUUAGCAGAGGAAGACUCGGAUCGCAAUUUCGCGGUUUGUGGAGCAAGAGGAAAUAGAUACAAAAUUCUUUAUCUUGGGUACUAUUAUAAAUACUAUUUAAGAGCACCAGGCGGAUUUACAUAUUGGAAGUGCAUAUGGGAGAAUAUACACAACUGCAUGGCGAUGAUUGCCAUUUCUAACGAUGGCAAGCGAGCUACCAAGUAUGGUCAAAUUGAACACAAUCAUCCUACAAAAUAUGCUCCCAUAUUUGAUUACGACCUUAAACAAUACUCAGUCAGGAAGGUUCCCUGUGAUACUUUGGAUCACAUGUUGCUUCUUUCCCGCGAUUGUAUUUAUUUUCGCAGCAGAUCCCUACUGUAUCGUCAUAACAUCUACAACCUUCAACUUAUCAUCAACGAUGUGGAAACUAGAUGGUCUUGUGUAAAAGUAGACCUUCAGAGGAAGCAAUGUCCUGCGCAGUUGAUCAUUCACGGACAGUUCGAGACAUUUCUGCAGAAGGGUGAACAUUGUCAUUCUCCAUUCACAGGAAAAGAAAUCAAAUGCGUUAAGCAAGGCAAUCAGCUAGAGCUAUCUGCUCUGAACAAUGAUAAGAAAUUGUCAACUGAAAAUACGGAAGACACAUCAAGUUCGGGAAUUUCGGAAAAUUUACUGAGCAUGUUGAAAAAGCAGCUGUUUUCCUAUCCUGUUGGUAGAGGCAUUAUGUGGGAUUCGUUUGAACAGAGGCACCAUCCGUUUUUCUUACUAACAGACAAUACUAAAACAAGAGAUAAUCCGAAUAAGGUGUUUUAUAAACAUUAUCGAUACUCAUUUGCAUCGAUUGACGAGUACGGAACUAGUCAGUGGAUUUGCUGUCAACUUCUAGAUACAAAUACGAUACAGGGCACAUGUACGGCUCAUUUGAUAAUUGAGGGUGUAUUCCAGCGCGUAUCGUUCAAAGGGAUUCAUAAUCACGAAAGAAUUCCUGAACCUAUUGUAGAGUUUUUGUGCAGUGGCGCGGAAUAGAAUUGUGGUAUCUGUUCGUUUGUAUGUAUUUGUUUUAUCGAUCAAUUCCAAAAGAAAAACAGAAUAUUUUAAUAAAA